CGACAACAACAGCUUACAACGCUCGACAUUUCAACUCUGCUACAAUCUACAGUUUUCUACGAGCUUGCGCGAUCGAAUCAAAUGUCUCGAGGCGGUCGAGGAGGUGGCCGUGGUGGAAGAGGUGGUGGACGAGGUGGACGACCAAAUGUGCCUUGGGAUACUGGUGAGGAGCCGGAUGCGCGACCCUCAGAGCUGUUUCCUCCAUACGUCGUCCCUACCGCUCGACAACUAGCGACAACCGAACAGUCCGCCGUACAACACCUACUCCUCCUCCGGCGACAGAUCCACGGUUCUCCUCUAUACACGUCAAAACGCACAGCUAUCAACGAUCCAACAGUCCCAAGAAAACACUACGGACAAGCCCAAGCAAACGCCCGCUUCGGCGUCAAGAGCAAGGCCUCUCUCGACCCCUUCACCGCGGUCCCCACCUACUCGCACAAGUUUGUCCGCGAGGAGCGCGCCCUGCCCGACUGGUCCAACCGUCCCGUCUGCCGCGAGCUCUUCCCCAGCGAGCUGUACGACACCAUCGACGCGGCUGCGACCACGGGAGGUGUUGGUGGUAAGGGCUUUAAGCGCCGGAAGCUUGAGCUCAGCAACAUCAGCGCGCUACCCAGCGCUGAAGAGGCGUUUGGUCUAGCUGGUGACGGUGAAGAUGAGAUGCAGGGAAAGAACUUGUUAGAGCGUCUACAGGCUCUUAAAGAGGAAGAAGGCGACGAGAUUGCUGAUCUGGAGGAUGAAGAGGCUGCGGAUGAGGAUGAUCAAGAUGAGGUGUACGACGAUGAAGAUGCAGGCGACUACGAUGCAGAAAACUACUUUGAUAACGGCGACGAGUUUGGAGACGACUAUGGAGAUGACGGCGAUGGAGAAGGGACGUUUUAAAAGAGGCCAAAGGACAAAAAAGAUAAAAAGCGACGGUUUUUGUAUAGGUACUUACUUAUCACGGCAUUCAAUCGGUUUGAUACCCAUGCCCCGCGAUCCAUUCAAUGGGCGCGAGAGGCAGAAGAAUAAUGAGAGUU